AAUGCCAGUACCAUGGGAUUCCAAAUACCUGCCAGAGUUACAAGUUUCUUAGAGAUUCAACAAGGAAUUUCCAAAUACAAACCCAAAUUAAUUUGAAUCAGAAACACCAGCUCAGGGCUCAGCUCCAAAAAACGUGGAAGAAACAUAGAUGCCCACGGAGACUCGGCCACGUACAGGAUUUCCCAAAAACAAGCUCUAUAAGUUGGCCCAGAAAUAUAAAGCUAACUUCUACCAUAGAAAGAAUCUUUCCUUCAAUUCUGGGAUGUUGUUGUUGUUGUUGUUGUUGAUUCUCACCCUCAGAUCAAUUGUCUAUAUUGAAUCCAUGGCUGCGAAUAAUCUUACUACGGUAACAGAGUUCAUUCUCAUGGGCUUUACUGACUACCACAUGUUGGAGAUUCCCCUCUUCCUGACGUUUCUCAUUUUCUAUAUCGUCACCCUUCUGGGGAAUGUGGGGAUGAUCGUUCUGAUCCAAGUGGAUGUCCAACUCCACAUGCCCAUGUACUUCUUCCUGAGCCACCUCGCCCUGCUGGAUGCCUGCUACGCCUCGGUCAUCACUCCUCAGAUCCUGGCCACACUGGCCACAGGCACGACGGUCAUCUCCUAUGGCCAGUGUGGUACCCAGUUCUUUUUCUUCACCUUCUGUGCAGGCACAGAGUGUUUCCUGCUGGCAGUGAUGGCCUAUGACCGCUAUGUUGCUGUUAGCAACCCACUGCUCUACACUGUAGCCAUGAAUCCUAGAAUUUGCUGGAGUUUGGUGGUGGAAGCCUAUGUCUGUGGAAUGUUAGGGUCCAUUGUGCGUACCACAUGCACCUUCACCCUCUCCUUCUGUGACCACAAUCAUAUCAACUUCUUCUUCUGUGACCUCCCGCCCCUGCUGAAGCUCGCCUGCAAUGACACAACAAACACUGAGAUUGUCAUUCUCUUCUUCGGCAACUUUGUGAUCUUAGCAAAUGCCUUGGUCAUUCUGAUAUCCUACCUGCUCAUCAUCAAGGCCAUUCUGAAGGUGAAGUCUCCAGGUGGCAAGGCCAAGACUUUCUGCACAUGUGCCUCCCACCUCACUGCUGUGGCCCUUUUCUUUGGGACCCUCAUCUUCAUGUAUCAGCGGAGUGGCUCGGGCAAGUCCCUGGAGGAAGACAAGGUCGUGUCUGUCUUCUACACUGUGGUCAUCCCCAUGCUAAACCCUCUGAUCUACAGCCUAAGAAACAAGGAUGUGAAAGCAGCCUUCAGAAAGGUCACUGGUAGACUCCACGUGUCCCUGAGUGUGUAG